CCAGCUGGUUGCCUGGUCCGUCCAUCUCGGCGACGAACGAAGCACACGACAUGCGCUGGUAAAACCAAGCAGCAGCAGCUCUGCUUCCUUGUCUCCCUCCUCCCUCUCCCCCCCUCUCUCUCUCUCUCUCUCUCUUCCCCUUCCGACCCAAAUUUAGCCGUUACACCACCUUCCGUUCUUCCCUCUCUCGCUUCCCUCCCUCUCUUUCUCUUCUCUCUUUCUCUCUCUACCCAAAGACAUCAGAUCAAGAAAGGAGAAGGGAAGAGUGAGUGAAAGAACAAAUCUUGAUCCGUCACUGCGUACUGCCCUCGUGGUUCCAGCACUACCAGCAGCGUCGUCGUCGUCUUCGAUCCCGCGGCUCGAUUCGGGCGGUCAGAAUGAACAGGAUGAUGUUCAUGGCGUGCUGCUACAACGAUCCGGAUAUGCUCAUCGACCCGGACACCGUCUACCCCAUCCGCCCCGACUGCCGCGCCGAUGCCCCCAAGACGCGCUUCAAGCCCCGGCCUGGCCUCACGCUAAGUCCAAAGAGAUGGAAGCUGCUUCACAACGAAGAAGGUUGCCUAGACAUAGCUGGGAUGAUCAGAAGAGUGCAGCGCGGGGGUACCCACCCAACUAUCAAAGGCGAAGUUUGGGAGUUUUUGCUGGGUUGUUAUGACCCAAAAAGCACCACUGAACAAAAAAACCAAUUAAGACAGCAACGAAGGUUAGAAUAUGAGAAUCUGAAAACGAAGUGCCGAGAAAUGGAGAUGACAGUUGGUAGUGGAAGGGUACUUACGAUGCCUGUCAUAACAGAAGAUGGCCAGCCUAUUAUACAUGAUCCUAACUCAAAUGGUGGGGAAAGUGCUCCUUCAAUCGAUGCAGAACAGCAAGCCAGUGACGCACCCCUACCAAAAGAAGUUAUUCAGUGGAAGCUAACUCUGCACCAGAUUGGUCUUGAUGUUAACCGUACAGACCGUCAACUAGUUUAUUAUGAGAGCCAAGAGAAUUUGGCUAGGUUGUGGGACAUUCUUGCAGUUUAUUCAUGGGUUGACAAGGACAUUGGUUAUUGUCAAGGAAUGAGUGAUCUUUGUUCACCAAUGUCGAUCCUCCUGGAACAUGAAGCAGAUGCGUUUUGGUGCUUUGAACGACUCAUGCGCAGGGUGCGAGGAAAUUUUGUGAGUACUUCAACCUCCAUUGGAGUUCGAUCUCAACUGACCACAUUGUCAUCCAUAAUGAAAGCCAUUGAUCCGAAGCUACAUGAACAUUUAGAAAAUCUUGAUGGAGGGGAAUACUUAUUUGCUUUCCGGAUGCUGAUGGUUCUUUUCCGAAGGGAAUUCUCUUUUGUAGAUACAAUGUACCUUUGGGAGCUCAUGUGGUCUAUGGAGUACAAUCCAAGUCUCUUUUCGAUGUUGGAGAGUGACAACAGCACAUCUAAAGCCAAUGCAAAAGAUGAAAAUGCCUUAAAGCAGUGUGGGAAAUUUGAACAGAAAAACUUACAGGUGGCUGGAAAAGAAGAGAUACCUCUAUCUGUGUUCCUUGUAGCUAGUAUCAUAGAGGCUAGAAACAAGCAGCUACUGACUGAUGCAAAAGGUCUAGACGAUGUCGUGAAGAUCUUGAACGAUAUCACUGGAAGUCUGGAUGCCAAGAAGGCAUGCAGAGGGGCACUGAAGAUUCAUGAGAAAUACCUAACCACAGUAAAAGCAUCAUAGUAACAUGUACAGCUUCAUAUUAAUACAUCGUGAGUGACUAUAUUCGAUUGGGUUUUUUUUUGAGAAAUGGAGAGAAGCUGCAUCACAAAAUUUUUCCAUUUUUGAUGUGUGUAUUCUACGAUUCUUUUGAACUACCAACACUACAUUUACACAGAAGAAAGGAAUUAUCCUGCAAUAAAUUCGCAAUGAUUCUUCUUUCCUUCUGUUCUUCAUACUGCAAUAAAUUUGUUCAUCCUUAAUCCAGUGGGUUAUGGAAAAUGAUAAAAUGGACUUGUUAGAUUCCAACCAUUUGUGAUUCGGAUUUUCUUAUGAUUCUGUACCUACAAGUGUACUAGAGAUGGGAUAGCGUCAAACAAUUUGGCUACAUUAAGAUGAGAACGUAUCAAAAAAAUUGGCUACACUAAGAAACAUGGCCAGGCCGCUUUUAAGUCUUGACCACAAAAAAGAUAUGUAGGAAAAAUUAAGAAACCUAUGAUCAUUAUACUGUAUCGAAACAGUUAUUAAUUGAUAUAUGCUGAUUUAUAUCAAGAGGAUUUUUAUGGAGUUGCGAGAUACACAGAGGUAUGGAGUGAUCAAGAGAUGUGCACGGCAUGGAGAAGAAAUUGUAAACUAUGACGGACGGUGAUGUAAUUAAAUAGGUAAUUCAGUGAUAAUUGUGUAUAUCAAUACUUUCAUGGUUGGAAAAACCAUCAAUAAAAUCAGUGA